AUGGAAAUGAUUACGUUUUUCAAAACCACGACUUACUCUGUACUUGUGUUAUGUUUUAUCUGCGAAGUACAUCUACUUCCUCAAGGGACUACAGUUAAAUAUUGCAGCCCUCCAACAUGCUGUGAAGGCAACAAAUUUAGUAGUAGUAAUGAAAUUUGCACAGCGUGUUUAGCAGGAUUUCAGGGCCCUAAAUGCGAUACAGCAUGCCGUUCCCCAAGCUAUGGCAAGGAUUGCCAGUCACGUUGUAAUUGUGAUGCACCACAAUGUCAUCAUAUAACUGGAUGUAAAAUUACAACUGAAGGACUUGCUGUUUAUGGGGUAUCUUCUUUUCUAAAGAUACAAACAUUUGAAAUACUGAAGGACUCUAAUGUCAGUGAUCAGCCUAUGGAAGGAACUCAAUGCCAUGCUUUCCUAUGGACAUGCAUGAAUCAGAGGAAUAUAGCAAUGUUGAUUUGUUUCUGUGUUUUUGGGACUCUCAUCUUUGGAAUCAUUGGUAUUUCUGUGCUGGUCAUAGCGAAGCAGAACAUAUCAUGAAAUGAAACGCAAAUAAAUUAGAAGUGCAAUAAAUUUAAUGUAAGAAAUUAGGUUUUGGUUGCUUGAUACAUGUAUAUAAAUACGGGUUGGUCUCGUGACAAACUCCAUAGAGCACAAGUGCGUUUUGAUAGAAUUGAUAUUGAACCUACCUGCUUUUAUAUCCAAGUAAAAGCUCAAGUGUGAUACACGCACAUUAUUCUGUAAAUUGAUUAUAAAUGAACAACGCUUCAUACAUUUGAAUUCAUUUUGUGUUGGUUUCUAAACAAACCCACAUUAAAAUAACGUCAAUUUUUUUUUUUACAUAUAAUUGCAUAAAUUGAAUUAAAAUAUUGACAAUAUGAUGUUUUUGAUUGUCAAAAAGUUCAAACUUUUCAUAAUAUCAGAUUUAAAUCAUUGUAAUGUAUCCAAAAC